AACGAAAACAAAUAUUUUAUUUUUUCAUUGUAAAUAUAUACAAUAGAGACAAAGAGCAAAUAUAAUAAAAGAAAAAGUCGUAUUAAAUUGUUUAAUUAAGAUGUCGCCUAAGAAGAGAAAGGUUCACAAAGAAGACGAUUCUUCAGACCAGGAUGAUGCAUUUGACGCUAUCAUGGCCUUGCACAGUGCAUCUUCAUCUCAGACCUCAUCCGGAGCGACCACAUCAGAUGUUACUGCGGCCACCAGUUCUCAGUCCAGCACCAGUUCCAGAGGGAAGAGGAAAAGUGGUAGCUUAGAAGAAAAUGCUAGGAAAAAUAGCAAAAAUGCUGAAAACCAUACACUCAAACAGAGAAAAGAGCAAAAGAAAGCGGCCAAAGCCGCUGCUGUGGAGAAGAAUAAGAUGUAUAAACCAGGGGAGUGCAUGAAGUACAUGCAGAUUGAAGUCCACCCGUCUCUUUCAUCAGCGUGGUACAUGGCCGAUCUGGCCAGGGAGGCGACCCAGGCCGGGUGCAGGGUGACCCCCGCCACCGACUUGUGUGACCGCAGCCUCAUCAUGUGGACGAGGCUGCUGCAGCCGACGAUUGACGUCAACGGUGCACAAUGCGGCCUGAUAACAAAAGAGCGAUGCGACCGCGCCCUCUACGUUUUAGUCGCGGACGAUGUCGCCGAGCGGGUCGCCGGUCGCGACUUGUCGCAACACGUUGCGACCGUGCGCGACAUGUCGGCGUGUCGACUCACGCUGGUCGUGUUCGGAGCCGCUGAUUAUUUCAAAUCUUCCGGCCGUAAAACACAAAAUAGCAGUAGGAAAUUGAUGACUGACAUAGAAUUGGAAAUGGCUAUAGCUGACGUGCUGGUGAGUGCCGGCUGCGACACGGCGCGCGUGGAGACCCCCAACGAGCUCGCCCUACUGGUGGUACAGUUCACAAAGGCCAUAGCGGAAACCCCCUACAAACAAGCUAAGCGCUCGUUGGACGAACAAGCGGAGUUUUAUAUGAGAGGGGACAAUAAGAAAUGUGUACGAGUUGAUCCAAAUGGUAAUGGGCUCAGCGGCCUGUGGCAGCAGAUGGUCGCCAUUUUGCCCAACUCCAGUCUAGAAACUUCCAGAGCUUUGUGCGCCGAGUACAAGUCACCUCUGGAUUUGUAUGAGAAGCUUCUGUCUGGCGGGGUGCCGGCCCUAGCGGAGCUGGCGGUAAAGCGCGCGGAGGUCGCGGGGGCGCGCGCGCGGCGGCUGGGGCCCGAGUUCGCCAGGAAGAUGAACACUUUGCUUACAGCCCGCGACGGAAACGUUUUGAUCGAAUGAUUGUAUUAUGGGUGUUUUGUUGUGGUUAAGUACCCUCUUGGUGCCACAUUAAAGUAAAAAAAAUAUGUAAGAAACCUUAAUAAAUCGGAUAAAAUAGGAUAGACUGGUAUUUCACAAGUUAUGCAAGCCAAAAGUGGCGGGAAUCUUUAGAUCGACUGAUUUUUGUAUUAAAAUAAAAGAAACAAUUGAUUGUGAUAACUUAUAAGGUAGAUAUUUAAAUGUGAUUAAGAUAAACGAAAUAAUGAAAUGAUAAGGUUCUUCU